AUGGUUGGCCUCAAGCAAGUCGUUACCGCCAUUAUCGCCCUCAGCCUGGCUGAGUGCACAGUGGCUACCCCCAACACUGGUAUUGUCGAGGAACGCGGCCUCGAGACUCGAAAGGGAGGUAAGGUCAGAGGUGCCAUUAAAGCAAACGCUGGGAAGUCAUUUGAUCGCGUCAUGUCUGGCGUUAGUGCCAUUGGGACUGUCAAUGAUGUUGUUCAACAAUUGAAUGGUCAGCCUCCCAAGAAGCGUGGUCUUCAGGCUCGAGCAGAUGUCAAAACUCCUGAGGCAGCCAAGCCACCUCAGCCAGCCCAGCCAACGAAGUCAUUCAGCGACAAGGCCUUUGAUCGUGGUGCCGCUGGUGUAGGAGCUGUUGGGACUCUCACUAAACUGAUCAAACAAUGGAGCGGCAAGGCCCGGAAGCGCGGACUUGAGACUCGAAGGGAUGUCAGAUUCAGAAAUGCAAUCAAAAAAAACUCAGGCAAGGCCUUCCGUCCUACUAUCAAUGACAUUGGGUCUCCUGCAGUUGUCAAGGGCUCACUUCAGCGAUCCAGGGGUCGGCCCAAGCAGCGCAGCCUUGAGGUUCGAAAGGGCGGCAAGAUCAGAGGUGCCAUUAAAGCAAACGCCGGCAAAUCCUUUGAUCGUACCACGAAAGGCAUUGAGACUGUUGGAGUUAUCAACGACAUUGUUCAGCAGUUCAGGGGUCAGCCCAAGCAGCGCAGCCUUGAGGUUCGAAAAGGGGGCAGAAUCAGAGGUGCCAUCAAGGCAAACGCCGGCAAGUCCUUCGAUCGUACUACCAAAGGCAUUGAGACUGUUGGAGUUAUCAACGAUAUUAUUCAGCAAUUCAGGGGUCAGCCCAAGCAGCGCAGCCUCGACGACGACCUUGAAGAGCGUGCUUUUGAGGACUACAUCAUGGAGCGCUAUUAUUCCUAA